CAAUUACAUUUAUCAAUUAUUUUUAUUUAUUGUGUAUUAUGUGAAAUAUAUAAAAAAAUGUUCAUAGAAGUGUCAUCAUAAAAAGACUUGUUCAACAUGGCGGAUCCUAGCUAUUAUCAGGGUGAUUACAUUCAGCAUCCUGUUAUUUAUGAAUUAUCUCAUAAAUAUGGUCUGCAUACUGAGAGUGAUACGUCAUUAUCAUGUCGACUAGAAGAACUUAAGGAGACAAUACGUCGUGAAAUAAGGAAGGAGUUAAAAAUUAAAGAAGGAGCUGAAAAAUUACGUGUUGCUGCAAAAGAUAGACGAUCAUUAUCUGAUGUAGCAACGAUUGUUAAAAAAUCAAAUUCAAAACUUGCCGAAUUAAAAUCCGAAUUACAUGAAUUAGAAAGCCAAAUUAUUUUAACACAAGGACAAAGUUCACCAACAACUCCUGUUUGUGCUGUUAUACCCAAUGGACAAGAUUUAUUAUUAAUUUCGACGAUGAGUGUAUCUCGGGGUGAAGAAGGUAUUUACACGGAUCUACGCUUACAGUCAUUAGAAAAACAAUUAAAUAUUGAACAAAAAGUGAAACAAGGAGCUGAAAAUAUGAUACAAAGUAUAACGGCCGGUCAUCAUUCACGUGACAAGAAACUACUUGCCGAAGCACAACAAAUGUUGGCAGAUUCAAAAGCAAAAAUUGAAUUUUUAAAAAUGCGUAUUAUAAAAGUGAAACAGAAUCGGCAACAAAAAAAUCAAAGUUCAACGGAUUUAUCAUCGAAUGGUGAUUCAACACCGCGUGAAUUAGAACCACCAUUAGAAGAUCGUAUUGAAGAAUUAAAACAUCGUUUGCGAAUUGAAGCGGCUGUUGUUGAAGGAGCUAAAAAUGUUAUAAGACUUUUACAAAGUUCAAAAGUAGCAGAUAAAAAAGCAUUGGCAGAGGCUCAAGCUAGUCUCUCUGAAUCUAGCCAAAAAUUGGAUUUAUUAAGAAAGUCAUUAGAACUAAGACGACAAGAACUUCCACCAAAUUCCCCGGUAGCUGCACAAUUAAAACAUGAAUUACAGAGUGUACAAGCAGCAAGUCCAAUACCUGUAUCAUAUACAAGUUACAAUCAACAACCAUUCAGAUUGCAUGGCGAUGGAAAUCAUUAUACAUCAAAUUCAUCAUUAAGUCGAUGUGCAGCUGUUACUGGUAAAUUGGAAGUACGACUUAUGGGCUGUCAAGAUUUGUUAGAAGAUGUGCCUGGACGAUCAAGGCGUGAUAAAGAUGCUACAUCUAGCCCAACAGAUUUAAAAUCAUUUGUGAAAGGUGUUACUGGACGCAGCUCAUCGAAAUCGUAUAGUGUUAAAGAUGAAACAAGUUCAGAAAUUAUGGCAGUUAUUAAACUUGAUAAUCAAACAGUGGCACAAACUAGUUGGAAACCGUGUUCACAACAAGCUUGGGAUCAAAGAUUUUCAUUUGAUUUGGAUAAGUCAAGAGAAUUAGAAAUAGGAGUUUAUUGGCGAGACUGGCGUUCUUUAUGUGCCGUUAAAUUUUUACGAUUAGAAGAAUUUAUUGAUGAUGUGCGUCAUGGUAUGGCUUUACAACUUGAACCGCAAGGUCUUUUGUUUGCCGAGAUCAAAUUUCUAAAUCCUAUGAUUUCAAGAAAACCCAAAUUACAAAGACAACGUAAAAUAUUCAAACAAGAAAUUAAGAAUUUCCCUCGUGCAAAUCAAAUGAACAUAAAUGUAGCCACUUGGGGCAGACUUUUAAAACGAUCUUCAUCAGGAAUACAACAAGGACGAAAUAUUCAAACUCCAAGUCCACCUUCAUCACAACAAAUACAACAAUUUACAUCACCAAUAGUUCUUGAUGAUAAACCUGAAGCUCCUGGUGAAACUCCAGAUCCGAUGAUCGGUGGCUUAUCUGGAGCCAGGCCGUUGGGAAUGAUGUCAGCAAUGGGUGUAGCUGCAUUACCAUCUGACACCCCACCACCGGCGUUACCAUCAGCGCCGCCACCGCCUUUGACUAAAAAACGUGUACCUACAAUGCCUUAUGCGCCACCUGCAGCACCUACUCAUAAGUUAGACCAUGAAUUACAAAGUGCACUUCGUGAAUUCGACUUUUUGAAUGUAGAAGAUCGACAACAAGCGACACCUCAUACAAGCAUGCCCGCUGUAAAUCAAGUUCCUCAGGUAUUCCAGACACCUUCAGUACCUCCUUCACCACAACCAAUUGUACAAUUCCCUGAUGAUGAGGUAUCUCAACCUGCAGCCCCACAAUUUGACGUUGGUAAUGUACCCAGACGUAACGUCGCACGGGAAUUGGAAUAUAGAGAUAGUGCCUACGAAUCCCACAGACAGUCAACGACACAACAUACAACAAAAAUGUCACUUGAUAAUUUCCAAUUAUUAAGUGUAUUAGGUCGUGGACAUUUCGGAAAAGUAAUUUUAUCAAAAUAUCGUAAUACUGGUGAAUACUUUGCAAUAAAGGCCUUGAAAAAGGGUGAUAUAAUUGCUCGCGAUGAAGUUGAAUCAUUACUAUCUGAAAAAAGAAUAUUCGAAGUGGCAAAUGUAAUGCGACACCCAUUUUUAGUAAAUUUAUUCGCAUGCUUUCAAACUGAAGCACAUGUGUGUUUUGUUAUGGAAUAUGCGGCUGGCGGUGAUCUUAUGAUGCAUAUUCAUGCAGAUGUUUUCACAGAACCUAGAGCUGUAUUUUAUGCAGCAUGUGUUGUACUUGGUUUACAGUAUUUACACGAAAGUCGAAUUAUUUAUCGUGAUCUCAAAUUAGAUAACUUACUAUUGGAUACCGAAGGAUACGUAAAAAUUGCCGAUUUUGGUUUAUGUAAAGAAGGAAUGGGUUAUGGAGAUCGUACUGGUACAUUUUGUGGUACACCAGAAUUUCUUGCUCCUGAAGUACUAACAGAAACCUCGUAUACAAGAGCCGUUGAUUGGUGGGGAUUAGGCGUUUUAAUUUUUGAAAUGUUGGUUGGAGAGUCUCCGUUCCCUGGUGAUGAUGAGGAGGAAGUUUUUGAUUCUAUUGUGAACGAUGAAGUUCGUUAUCCACGAUUUUUAUCAUUGGAAGCUAUUGCAAUAAUGAGAAGGUUGCUACGUAAAAAUCCCGAACGGAGGUUGGGUUCAAGCGAACGAGAUGCAGAGGAUGUUAAAAAGCAAGCCUUCUUCCGAAAUAUUGCUUGGGAUGAUCUCUUAUUACGACGUAUCAAACCUCCAUUUGUACCUACAGUGCAUUCAAUGGAAGAUGUAAGUAAUUUCGACGAAGAAUUUACAUCUGAAACACCACAAUUAACACCGCCAAAAGAGCCACGAAUAUUAAAUGAACAAGAACAAAAUCUGUUUCAAAACUUUUCAUUUAUAGCAGACUGGUGCUGACAAACAACAAACGUAUAUUGAUGAAACCCAUCAGUAUCGAAAAAUAAUUAAAAUCUACUUUGGAAAAUUGAAAAUAUUCUACCUAAAAACAAAAAAUAAAUUUUCCAA